CUGUGUUCACUAAGAAAAUAAAGGGAUUACAUAUUCUGUAGCGGUUAUUCUCUUUAUCGGUUAUCUCUAAAAAGAAACUCAAAAUGCUGGAGAUGCUUGAAUACAGUCACUAUCAGGUGCAGUCCCACCUGGAAAACCCAAGCAAGCACCACUUCCAGCAGGCUCAGAGGCAGCAGGUGAGGCAGUAUCUGUCCACCACUCUGGGCGGUAAAGCCGGGAACCAGGGUCCCAACCAGCCCCCUGAGCACAGCAUGCCGCCCGGGCCCACCGGCAGCGCUCCCAACAGCCCCAUGGCCCUGCUCACUCUCAGCUCCAGCUGUGAGAAGGAGAUGGACGAUGUCAUUGAUGAUAUUAUUAGUCUGGAGUCAAGUUACAGUGAAGAUGUUCUCGGACUGAUGGACCCAGGACUCCAAAUCAACAACUCACUCCCCGUGUCUGGUAAUUUGCUUGACGUGUACAACAAUCAAGGGCUUCCACUCCCAGGCCUGUCCAUGAGCAACUCCUGUGGGUCCAACAUUAAAAGGGAAUUUGCAGGUAAACAUUUAAACACCACCUCUCCUGGCAUGAAGCAAGUACUGGACAAGCCUGGAUCCUGUGGCCAGUAUGAAAGCUAUCAACGGUCAGAGGGUUUUCCAGUAGAGGCUGAAGUUCGGGCUCUUGCUAAAGAAAGACAGAAGAAGGACAACCACAACUUGAUUGAACGAAGACGGAGGUUCAACAUCAACGAUCGAAUAAAAGAGCUGGGAACAUUAAUACCCAAGUCAAAUGAUCCAGACAUGCGCUGGAAUAAAGGCACCAUUUUAAAGGCCUCCGUGGACUACAUCAGGAAGCUUCAGCAGGAACAACAGAGAGCCAAGGAGCUUGACUGCAGACAAAGGAAGCUGGAGCACGCAAACCGCCAUCUGAUGCUUCGUAUACAGGAGUUGGAGAUCCAGGCCCGUGCUCACGGGCUCACAGUGGUGCCAUCCCCGUCCGUCUGCUCAUCAGAGGUGAUGGCUCGAGCUAUAAAACAGGAACCUGUCCUGGGCGACUGCCCGUCAGACCUCUACCAGCACUGCUCAGCGCCUGACAUGUCUCCUCCAACCACGCUGGACCUGAACAAUGGCACCAUAACCUUUGACCACAUCUCUGCAGAUUCCAGGAACGCCAGCCCCUAUGGAAACUCCAGGACCUGUAAAAUGAAGGAGAUGGCAAGGGACAACACCCUGGGCCCAGUUUCCCCAAGCGAUCCCCUGCUGUCCUCAAUGUCCCCAGAUGUCUCCAACAACAUCAGCAGCCACCACAGUUCCACCUCAAAUAUGGAGGAGAAAGAACAUGGCUGUUAGCCCAACGCCGUAAGACGUACUGACACUCCUCAUUUGCACCAAUUUUGACAUUUUACUCUCGACUCGUGGAUGAAAAAACUCUGAAUUAUUUUUUAUUUUGACUGCAUUUUUUUUCAUGUAUUUUGACAUUUGGAUACUGAAUAAAUCCUACAAGCUACUGUGUCCCCAAAACACGUAAUUACCUGUCUUUCUACAUUUCUUAGGCCUUUAUUUUAAGAGGGUGAUGAUAUUAUGGCCCUAUGAUUGGACUGUUCUCUGUAGUCUUGGUAAUUGAGAUACUAUGCAUAUAAACGUUUUACUUAUAAUAUACAUCAUAAUAAUAUUAAUCAUAUUUUUUAUACACUG